GGGGUAGGAGAGUGUUACGUGACCGGAGUGCAGAGAGGAUGAGGAGGACUUGAACUUCACCAGAGAAAAGUUUAUGGGGUCAAGAUUUUGUUUUUCUCCGACAUAUUAAUCUGCGUUUUUAUUGAAAAGAAAACUUCAGAACAUGGAGCCCAGUUCCACAGAGGGAGGAGCUGAGGAGACGCUCCUUAAAAACCUUCCACCAAGUCCUCCUCAAAAAGUGAUGCUCAAACACGGACAAGAGCUGGAGGAAGAGCAGGAGGAGCUGGCCGAGCACCGGCCUCUGGAGCAGGAAGACCUGAACUUUGAGAGAUGGAAGCGCAGGCCAUUACCCAAGAGGACGCUCCACCAGAAAAUAGACGACAUAAAGACAUACCUGUGGAAUGCGGAGACCAAGGAGUUCAUGGGUCGCUCUGGAAAGAGCUGGGGCCUCAUCCUUCUCUUCUACGCUGCACUUUAUACCUUUCUUGCAGCCAUGUUUGGCGGCUGUAUUUUUUGCCUCCUGUGGUCCAUUAGUCCCUACCAUCCCACCCACAACGAUAGAGUGAUGCCACCAGGUAUGACGAUGGCCCCACACCUCGACGGCAACGACAUCGCCUUCAACGCCACUGAUCGCAAGUCCUGGAAGAAGUACGCCAGGUCGAUGGACGAGUAUCUGCGACCGUACAACGAUGGUGUUCAAGAGAAGAAGAACAUCCGGUGCACACAGGACAGAUACUUCUUGCAGGACGACUUGGAGGAGAGUGCCGAGCGGAAAGCGUGUCAGUUCAAGAGGUCCAUGUUGGGGGAGUGUUCGGGGCUGCAGGACCCUCACUAUGGCUACUCUCAGGGAAGGCCAUGCAUCCUCCUUCGAAUGAACCGGAUUCUUGGUUACUUACCUGGCAUGGGCAAACCCAUAAAUGUGACUUGUAACGUGAAGAAAGGACCACCAGAGGCCUUGGGAGAACUCCAGUUUUUUCCUAAAGGCAUUUUUGACAUGAAGUACUUCCCCUACUAUGGGAAGCUCAGACAUGUAAACUAUUCUGCACCAGUGGUGGCUGUGCGUUUUGCAAGGGUGCAGUACGACGCGCACAUCCAGGUGUCGUGCAAACUGAACGGAAAGGGCAUCAUCAACGAUUCGGCCACCGACCGCUUCCUGGGGAGCGUGACCUUCUCCCUGGAGGUCGGCGCCUAAGGCCAAGACGUCUCUGCCAGCAGGAUGCUCCCAUAACAAUCAGGCUGGAAAUAUGCACAAGGAAAAAAUGAUGUCGUACCAUUAUUUUUCAUGAAAUCUGUAAUUUCCUUCUUCUCAUUUUUCACUUACAUCUUCAUUUAUUCUGCUGUAAAAACAACUUCCUCAAGAAGUAGAUAUUUACUCUUGUGUUUCCGUGAUAUCUCUGUGCUGCUGGCACCUGCAUAGAAACCAGUUACAAUUCAGCUCCUCAUAUUUCCUAAUGAUUAGAAAGAUUAAUCAAACUAAAUUACUCUCUGCCCAGUAGUUAGCAUAUAUGGCUAUGCAAAUCCAAUUAUAACUUAAAACUUUACUAGGCGAUUAGAAACAUUGUGUUGUCUGGUUAGAUGAUUGUUUUGUGUGCACAUUUUUGUGUGACAUGUACUAAUUUGUUUUUGAAUUAUAUUUUUCAAACUUGUAUAUUGUAAGAAUUCAAAGAACUAUCAUGCAAACACUGAAAGCAGGACUUGUACUGUACUUACACAGUAAAUAAAAGACAUGACUGCAAAUAUACUACGACGUUGAAUAGAGCAGAACUAUACAUUUAUGAUAAAGUAUCACAAGCCACUUCUUGCCUUCUUUUGUAAAAACAUUUGCAGAAAAUGGAGUACUACACCAGACUGAUCAAUAAAGAGACAUAUUGUAC